CUGUUCUCUAUCAUGGCUUUGUAUGUAACCGUGCAUAGUAACGAACACGUUUGGGAGAACAUUAGCGCUGUUCCUGGUCUGCAGACUUUCGCAUCAUGGGGUUUUUUGGGAAUAUAUUCCGGGCUAUUGUGAAUUUGUUUUCCGGUGGUGCAGCUCCCCCAGAGCCACCCAAGAAGCCGGCUCAACAGCAGCGACCUCAGCGACCACCCGUACAGUGGCCUCAAGACCAGCGACACCAUCGACAGAAGACUGAUGAUUUGAAAGUACCGUCAAAGAAACCUUUCGAAUCACCAGUUGUUGCUCAGAGUAGACGUGAGGGCGAACGCCACUCUGACCGGAACCAGAUAAACCAGAACAAUGAACACUAUGUAGCACUUCGCGCCGAGGCAAAACGAGAAGGUGAUUUGAUGGCACAAUGCUACCAGGAGAGUCAAGAAACAUACCAGCAGGGUCACGGUGCCCUUGCCAAAGUGCUGUCCCAGAAGGGUGGUGAGCACAAACGUAGGAUGGAACGCUUGAACGCCGAAGCCAGUGUUUGGAUCUUCAGAGAGAAUAAUCUGGACAGGGAACCCGGCGAGGUAGACCUCCACGGGCUUUACGUCAAAGAGGCUGUCAUGUACGCUGAAAAUGCUAUCGAGGAAGCCCAGCUCCGGGGCGAUCUCGAGGUACGGCUGAUAGUCGGGAAAGGAUUGCACUCUGAUGGUCGUGUUGCCAAAAUCAAGCCUGCAUUGGAGGAAUUUAUGAAGAGGAAGAAUCUCCCUGCCGAUGUUGACCCCGACAAUGGAGGGCUGUUGAUCGUACGUUUGAGAUGACAAGAAGUUUUGGCGACGCCAUUAUACAUCGCAUAUACACACUUACCCGAAUUGUUGGUGUUCUUUAGUGUAGAGUCUUCAUUUGGGUACCCAUGUAUCGGUAUACAAUGUCAAAAGCUUGGCCGCU